UCCCCCACGUCAUGGUGCAACACUUCCUCUUCCCGUGGUGGUUGUUGCAGUUUUCAACGAGCACUGGCGAGGCCACUGAGCCCAGGAGCAUCACCUUUGCCUGGCCCUGCUCAGUGGCACUUCUGAGGACGAGGUGAGGGGCAUCAGGGACAGCUGGCUGGGGACCAGGGGGUUGCGACACCAUAAGGGCCUCUUUCCUGGCUGUUGGGCUGGGGAGCAGUGUGCCCUUGGGGCUGAGCGGGGAUGGGGCCAGGUCUGUGGCCACUGGGUGCAGGCUGAUGCAGUGUCUGCAUGGCUGCAGUGUGGUGGCUUGUGGCCCAUGGUGCUGGGCUGUGGAACCCCAAGGCAAGGGCACCUCUGGGCACAGGGACUGGGGGGGUGUUUCAGCUGCUGUGGGGAUGUGGGUGCAGGUGGAGAGGUCCUGUCCGUGGUGCAGGGGCUGCACAUGGGCACAGGCAGGGAGAUGGGGCUGCUCAACCCUGCCUGUCAGGAGCCCUGCCCUCCCCACCGAUGGGCAACUGCAAAAAAAACUUCAUGAUAUAUUCACUGUGCUGCCUGAGUCCCCUGGCUCUGGGCUUAAUGGAGCUGCUGGUGCCAGCCAUGCAGCUGCCAGCCAUGCAGCCGCCAGCCAGCUUGUUCCCCCUCCAUGGGCUGUGGCUUAAUAACCCUUGAGGCUCCCUGAGUGCACAAACCAGCCCAAAGGACUGCUGGCUCCUGGCCCAGCCAGCAGGUCAGAUGGGUGCUCUUUGCCUCCAGCACAGCAAACACUAGUCGCUGCUGCAGGAGGGCAAAAGACUAAGUCAUGAGGAUCCCCGGCCGCCAGCAGAGAGAGCGUCAGGAGCCUUCAAGGUCCCCUUGAGCCUCUGGGGCAAAGAGCCAGCAAUUCAUGGCUGCUUCCUGCUCGGGAGCACCCACAUCUGCGUUUCCGCCAUGCUGGUGGUGGCUUGUUUGUGCUUCCCUUCAGGAAGAGCUGACAGUUCAGUCACUUUUUGAAAGGGCGGGCUUGCAGUGGAGUGUGACCUGCUGCAGCCACCUGGGAUCAUCCACCCCCCCCCCCACAUCUCCCAUCUCUGCGCGUUGCUUGGACCCCCAGGAGCAGCAGUUUUGCUAUCACAUGUGUAGCCUCCGGGUCAGAUUUCAGUGCAGCUGGCUGUAUACCACAGUGAGCAGGCUGCAUGAGGGAUGCUGUGCCAGAGGCGCACGCAUGUGGUGCUGGCCCUGUGCCUGCUGCUGGUUCUGUGGCAAUGUUUCCGAGCCCCCACAGAUGGCCUCAGCCCCUUCCCUUGGGCUCCCUCCCGCCUCAAUGCCCCUGCUGCCUGCUGCGCUCCUGGUGCCAACAGCUCCGCAUGGUUCAACUCCCGCUACAACACAGCCAUGGGGCCUCUGCUGACGGGCGCAGCCCACGAACUCUCCUCUGAUGUGGUUCAGUGGUGGCUGAUGCUGCAGGGUCCCCAGAGUGGCACCCAGCUCCAGGCCAUAAUUCAGCAGCUCUUCACUGUCCUCCGGGCCCCGACCAGCAGCAUGUGGGACCCAUCUUGCUGCAGGACUUGUGCGGUGGUGGGGAACUCAGGGCGGCUGAAGGGGUCUGGCCACGGGCUACAGAUCGAUGCCCAUGACUGGGUGCUGAGGAUGAACAGAGCAAAGAUCACUGGCUUUGAACUGGAUGUUGGCAUGAGAACCACCCAUCACUUUAUGUACCCGGAGAGUGCAGUGGACCUCGGGCCCGGCGUCCACCUCGUUCUUGUCCCCUUCAAGCCACUAGACCUGCAGUGGGUGGCCAGUGCCUUCUCUACUGGAGAGCUCACGCACACAUACGUGAGAGUGAAACAGUUCAUCGAAGCUGAUAGAAACAAGGUGCUGAUCCUGAGCCCAGCUUUCCUCAAGUACAUCCAUGACAACUGGACACAGCACCAUGGGCGGUACCCCUCCACUGGCUUCACAGCCCUGCUCUUCGCCUUGCAUGCCUGCCAGCAGGUCUCCGUGUUUGGCUUUGGCGCAGACAGAGAAGGGAACUGGCACCACUACUGGGAGAAAAACCGCUGGUCUGGAGCCUUUCGCAGGACGAGGGUCCAUGACGCUGACAUCGAAUUCAGCAUCAUCGAGAGAUUGGCAGCUGAAGGCAGGAUUUUAUUCUACAAAUGAUGCAUUUCCAAGAAACUGAAGCCAGGCUGUUAGCACAGAAGCUGGCAGCCCCCUGCACUGCCACCAGCUGCCUUGGCUCUUUAGCUUGCUUCUCCCUGACGGUGCUGCCACGUGCCCAGGCUCACAGACCCUGCCAUCCCUGGGGGUCUCAGUGCUGCUUGUGCUGGUCCCACCAGGUGGGCACUAUUGGUACCAGGAGGUGACAUGCUUCCAUGGCAUCAGGGACGUUGCAUUUGGUUAGACACAGGGUGGGCAUGGCUGUCCCCACACUGGCUGGGAGAGAGGAAGAGGAGACAGUCGGGCUGGAGGUGGCUGUGGAGCCUGUGAGCUGCUGUGCAUGUCCCUGUGGUGGCUGUGAAGCCAUUGGGUGACAGCAGUGGUCGUGAUGGCAGCUACUCAAAUGUGGCUGUCCAUGUGACAGAGCUGACACUUCUACCCGCUGAUGGCUUUGGGGGGAGGUUUGUGGUUGUUCUUUGGGCAGGGGGAGAGGGGCAUCUUCCCUUCCUGUCUUUUUAUAUCUAAGGAAAUAUUUUUUAAAUUGUAUCAAAGAAGAGUAAGAAAGGAAAAAAACCAAGCAUGCUAAGUCAGAAGAUGACAAUCAAGUACAGCUGAAAUGAUCUUAUAUUGAAUAAACUUUGAAAACAUA